AUGGACUUCGGGUACGACGAGCACGGCAACCGGCUGCAGUUCGAGGACAGCGGCAGCGGCAGCAGCAAUAGCAGUGACGAUGGCGACCACGAGGUGGCCACUGUAAGUGACGAUGACGAUCGCGUGCAGCGGCGUGCGGGGAGUGACAACAGCGAUGAUGAUGAUGAUGAUGACUCUCUCAACCAGCAGCCACGCAACGGCAACGACUCGAGUAGCGACUUCAGUGAUGACGUCGAGCUCGUCAUUGGCGAAACGGCGAACCAGGAUAUCAAUGAGCCGCUUGUCGACAGCAAAGACAUCAUCGCUGACCGCCGCACCGACACGACACGUGGGAAGUUCCUGGUGGAGGAUCGACGCGUGCCCUCGCUUCUCAUCCACGAUGUGGGCGGCCCGCCAACGUCGGAGCGCGGCUUCCUAGAUCUUGUGCGCGGCAUCCCGGCGCGGCAACGCAACGUGGCGCUCAUUGGCCACCUGCACCAUGGCAAGACGUCACUCCUCACGCUACUACUCGGCGGCCGGUCGUACCGCCAGCGUGAGGAUGAGGUGGGGCGCGGCAUCUCCGUGAAGAGCAGUCUCGUGACAGAGCUGGUGUCGGGCGCGUACUUCCAACAAGCUUCGCACCUCGUCAGUUUCGUCGACACACCGGGGCACCCCGACUUCGCAGCAGAAACAGCGGCCGCGCUGCGUCUGGUGGACGCGGCGAUUCUGUGCGUGGACGCGGUGGAGUCGCUUACCCGUGACGGGGGGCGGCUUCUGCGGCAGGCGGUUCUGCAGGAGCAGAUCCCCGUCAUUCUCGUCAUCACGAAGAUUGAUCGCCUCAUCAUGGACCUGAAGUUGCCACCGCUCGACGCCUACCGCAAGCUGCGCAUGGUGGUGGAUGCCGUUAACAACGAGAUCGCCAGCUUUGGCUCGCCAUUCCUCGUUUCGCCGCUAAACGGCACCGUAUGUUUCGCAUCAUCUAAGCUGGGCUGCUUCUUCACGACGGAGACGUUUGCGGUGAAGUAUAGCCGCGAGUACCCUACUGUCGACUCGGCGGCCUUGUCGCAGCGGUUAUGGGGGCAGUUUGCUUUCGAAUCGGGUCGUUUUGUGAACAUCACGAACUUCCGCCAGCGACCCGCGUUCGUCACGUUUAUCCUCGAGCCACUGUACAAGAUCGUUGCCCACGCGCUGACCGGCAAAGGGCACGAGACACUCUGCAGCCAACUGCACCCGCAACCACGCGAUCCUGUCACCGCGGCGCGUGAAGCAAUGCGAGUCUUCUGUGGCGACGCUGCAAAGGAGGGCACCGACGCGCUCCUCAACGUGCUGCCGCAACCGGAGAAACACUCUGCAUGGCUGCAGACGCAGUACCGCCUUAAAAUUGAUGUGGAGGACUUGGUUGUCGCGGUUGCGCCACUACUACGAACGCAGAACAAUGGCGAGGACAAUUUCGCCGUUGUGCGCGUGUUGCAUGGUGUGCUGAGGCGCGGUAUGAAACUGGUGGUUGUGGAUGAGCACUCCAGCGAUGCUGAGCCGUUCUACACCUUUGCGGUGAAUGAGAUUCUACUUAAGAUGGUGGAUGGGUUUGUGGACGUCGGCUCUGCAAACGCUGGCCAGGUGGUUCUUAUCACUGGCUUCGGCACGCGGCCAGGAAGUCAUCUCGUACUGGUAGGCGGUGCUGCAGCUGCCCCUCUUCUUAUGGGGGAGGAAGAGUAUGCCGUAGCGGAAGAUAGCGGCGGUGAGUCGUCUGCCUGGCUGGAUGAGGUGCGGGUGUGUCCCCUUAAGUGUGGGGAGCCAAUGGUACAUGUUGGGGUGGAGCUGAAAGACCCUGCGAAGAGCGCUCAGCUGCAGCGCGGCCUGCAGAUUCUCGUACGCACCACCCCCGGCCUCGAUGCCCACAAGGAGGAGACAGGGGAGUUUACCCUCACCGGAUACGGUGAGCUGCACCUCGACACCGCUUUGCACGAGCUGCGAUGCGGACUCUGCAAAGGAGUUAAGAUUGGCAUUUCGCAGCCGUUCGUAUCAUUCUCGGAGACAGUGCUGGAGAAAGAAGGCGUGCUCGCCGUCACUGGGUCUCGACGGGCACAGAUUGGCUGCACGAGCGCCGCCAUGCACCGCCAGCUAACAGAGGUAGUUGAGUACGAGCAGCUUGACCUCUUCCCCUCCGACCCGAGCCGUGUCGUGAAAGUGUGGACGGCGCUGCGUCAGUACGACAUGGAUGCGCUUGACGCGCAGCACGUCGUGGCGACCGGACCACACGCGACGAAGGGACCGAGCCUGCUCAUCAACGACACGCUCCCGGAGGAGGAGGAGGAGCUGGUGCCGCUCACGCAUGAGCGGCUGCAGGCGAUAACAGCGGGCUUUCGCUCCGCCGUGGCGGCCGGGCCGCUGACGGGUGACGUUGUGCGCGGCGCGGCGGUGCGGCUCAUCUUCGCUGAUGUGGCACACGAGACGAAAGACGCGGCGGUUCUCGCGGCCGCCCGCUCAGCGGUGAAGCAGGCGCUUCUUGGCGCGCAGCCACGCCUCCUCGAGCCGGUGCUCGGUGUCGACAUCACGUGUCCGCCGGAGUCUAUCGCGACACUAACGGAAAUCCUUCAGGCGCGGCGCGGCAGCGUUGUCGCGGAGGAGCCGGUCGCCGCCACGACGCUGAUGCGUGUGCGGGCGCUGGUUCCAGCGAUGGACAGCUUCGGCCUCGAGACGCAGCUGCGCAUGCUCACACAGGGCGAGACGUUCCCGCUCUUCACCUUCGACCGCUGGGACCUUGUGCCAGGCGACCCGUUCGACGCGACCAUCCACGUCGGUCCGCUCCAGCCGGCGCGCGGCUACCAGCUGGCGCGCGACUUUACGCUCAAGACGCGCUUCCGCAAAGGCCUGCCGCCGCUCCUCGCGGAGUUUCAGGUGUGA